AUGGGAAACGUCAAUGGAAGAAUAGACGUGGAUUUCGAGGAACAAGUCAACCUCUCACAUUUUAAGCUUUUGCGCGUGGUUGGUAGAGGUGCCUUUGGUAAGGUGCGGAUCGUAGAACGACUCGAUACAAAACGUCUAUUCGCGCUGAAAUACAUUUCAAAGAAUGAAUGUAUAAAAAUGGAUGCGCUUCGUAAUAUUUUUCGUGAGCGUGCUAUAUUAGAGGAAUUGGAUCAUCCAUUGGUAUGUAAUCUGCGAUUUGCUUUCCAAGACGAUGAAUACAUGUAUAUGGUGAUGGAUUUGAUGAUAGGAGGGGAUCUGAGAUUCCACUUGAACAGAAAAACCUUUACCGAAGAUGCAAUUCGAUUUUGGAUAGCUGAGCUUGCUUGUGCUAUAAGAUAUCUUCAUUCGAAAGGUGUUGUCCACAGAGACAUGAAGCCAGACAAUGUUCUUUUGGAUGAUCGAGGUCACGCACAUAUAACAGAUUUCAAUAUAGCUACACAUAUCCGUCCUGAUAAGCCAUUAACAUCACAUUCUGGCACAUGUGCUUAUAUGGCUCCUGAAGUAUUUCGGGGUGGCGGUUAUGGCGUUACUGUAGACUGGUGGUCACUAGGAAUUACGUUCUAUGAAUGUGUUUAUGGCAGGGAAGAUUUAAAGAAAAUGAUUGUCAAAGCCCCCAUAAAAUAUCCAGAUAUGGACCCACCAGUUAGUCCAGCUUGUGUUUCUGCAAUCCAAGGCUUCCUUGAACGUGAUAUAAAUCGACGUCUAGGAUGUGGUCCAAAUGGGUUUAUCCACAUUCAAAACCAUCUCUUUUUCCGAAACAUUGAUUGGCCAACCCUAGAAUCGAAAGAGGUACAACCAAUUUUUCGUCCAUCAUCCGAUCGAAUCAAUUUCGACGCCACUUAUGAUCUCGAAGAACUACUCCUCGAAGAACAACCACUCGAAGCAAAAUCUCGCCGACGAAAAAUAAGAAAAGUAGGAUCGGAAAAGGAGGAACAAUUUCUACUAAUCGAAGAGAAAUUCAAACCCUUUGAUUAUACGGUUUUUGAACGAUACGAAGGUUGGGUGGAUCCGGUUACUCGAUGCGUCGGUGAUCCACCGGAAUGGGUAAAACCAGCUGCAGUUGAAGUUGAAAAUAUUAGAGAGAGAGAAAGUCAAGAAUUACAACAUAAUAGUAGAAAUAACUCUCGGCCUGUUAGUAUUGUGGGCGCUUUGGGUGGGAUGCCACUAGAUAAUGGAGUACAAGUAUAA